AUGGGUCGUGAUUUUAAAGGGUUGACUAUAUGCUUCGUUUACUCAAAAUUCACAAUUCAUUGGUAUUAUCAAGGUCAUAUUGGCAUUAUCGUUAGAAAUCUUACCAAACAGACUGCUUUGCACACCUGGAUGGCAAUUGGCUCGGUAGAAACUUGGAAUAAACCUGUAGACCAUUAUCUUUGGCAGGGACAAUUGUCAAACGAUGUGCUCCAUUUGGAAGGCGGUGACCACGUAUCGAUUCUUGUAAGGCCUGUUGAUGUUGAUUUUGUGAGAGUGAAGAAGACAGGGGUACAUAUAGAAUGGGACAAAGUCAUGAAGGAAAAUAUGGAUAAUCCGGAUCCUCAUUUGUAUGAUUUGGAAACAAAUCGAGAUUUUUCAGGGGGAGUUGAUGACACGUUGGAUCCUCAUUUUGAAACCAUAUCUGGAAUUUUGGGGGGGGGAACUGAUGAUGAGGCAAGACCAAGCCAUGACGCAUCUGUUCCCGGUGAUCAAGUGAGUGCUAUAGAUGAAGAAUCAGCAGUGGAAGACGAUGGCCAUGGCGAUCCACGUACUCGUCUCUCAUUGUCUAUCAUGGAAAAUCUGGAUUUUUCUGGAGUAGCUGAUGAUGGGGCAGGACGGAGCCAUGGUACAUUUGUCCGCACUAAUCAAUCGAGUGCUGUAGAUAAACAAUUAGAAUGGGACGAAGUCAUGAAGGAAAGUAUGGAUAAUCUGGAUCCUCAUUUGUAUGAUUUGGAAACAAAUUGGGAUUUUUCUGGGGGAGUUGAUGAAGCAUUUGUUCCCAAUCAAACUAGUGUUAUACAUGAACAAUUAGCAGUGGAACCAUAUCUGGAUUUUUUUUGGGGAACUGAUAAUGAGUUAGGACGGAGCCAUGACUCGUCUAUUCCCGGUGAUCAAAUGAGUGCUAUAGUUGAAGAAUCAGCAGUGGAGGACGAUCCCUUUGGCCGUGGCGGAUGA